GCAGACCUCUGUGAGUUCGAGGCCAGCCUGGUCUACAGAGUGAGUUCCAGGACAGCCAGGGCUGUUAAACAGGGGAAGCCCUGUCUUGAAAACCAAAAUAAAUAAAUAGUUUUUUUUCCUUUUCUAAUGUGAGAAAUGGCUUCAGAGCAAAAGUCUAUGUCAAGUCUAUUUUAUUUUUAGUUUUCUACCCUCACCUAAAUUAUUUUUUAUGUUUUCUUUUGCUUUUUAAGGGGGACAGUUUAACACAUACUCCCCAACUGAGCCAAACUCCCAUCUGACGCCUAACUGUUAUCUUUUCAUGCCAUGUAUUCACUUAAAGAACUGGGAAAAUAUUCAGGAUUGAGAGCUGCAAACAGCCAGAAACAUAGCCCAAAUGACUUAGCUUACUGUGAAUUGAAACAAGUCUCACGUGACAUUAUUUGUUUGUUUACAAUUAUUUGAGACAGGGUGUCACUGGCUUGGUGCUUGCUAUGGAGACCAGGCUGGCCCCGAACUCAUAGAGAUGUAUCCAUCUCUGCCUCCCUGGUGUUAGGGUUAAGUUGUGUGCCUCCACUCCUGGCAGUUAUUUUAGUUUAAACUCCAUUUACUUAUUCAUUUUGUGUGUGUGUGGUGGACAUCCUGGCUUCUCCCUGUCCCCGGGUCCUCUCCUUCUCCUGCCCCAAUGGUUUUCCUUACUGCCCUCCUGUCACUCCAUGCCAGCCCUCUCCUGGGCCUGGGCCUUCUCCUUAGGGAGUCUUUCCUAGUCGAAGGCCUCUGUAUCCUCCAACUUUCUCCCUGCCCCAGGAUUGCUCUUCUCCAGGCGACCUUCCCUCGCCCAGGGAUCUAUCUUUGACAGGUGAUGGCCCCUCCCUGACAGCUCAAAGACUGUCAAAGGUUGCAUGCAUUAGGUGGCUGCCUAAGGACUCUGCGUGCAGAAACCAUGAGGAACUGCGACCUCGCAGAGCUGGGCCAACGGCAGCUCCAUGACUCCAUCCAGUUUCAAUGGCCCCAACAGCUGAGACUCUCCUUACAAACAGCUCCCCUUAUAGGCGAACACCUUUCUCUCUUUCCAUUUCUGCUCCCGAUUGGUUCACACCUACCCCUCCCUUUGCUCCCUUUCCCAAUAAACUCCACGUGGGUCUGUUGAGUCUGGUGGAUCGCGUUUCAUCACCCAAAGCUGCAGCAAAGACAACACGGGGUGCAUGUGCCACAGUGCGUAUGUGGAGGUCAGAGGAGAGCUCCGAGGGAGUCAGAGUCGCUGCGGAGACUCCAGCAGGUUUGGCUUCCCUGCUCAGCCGCUCCACAGCCCCUCAAGUAUCUCCUACCGAGCAGGGCAUGAAGAGACUGACUCAGUUGGUGGUCACCUACCCUCAGGGCUUUAUGAUGUGGAUGGGCCCAAUGUUCCCCAUCAUCACCCUGUGCCACUCUGACAUCGUCAGAUCUGUCCUCAAUGCCUCAGCUGCAGUUGCACUCAAGGAUGUGAUAUUCUACAGCUUCCUGAAACCUUGGCUGGGGGACGGGCUCUUGCUGAGUGCUGGUGACAAGUGGAGCCGCCACCGUCGCAUGCUGACACCCGCCUUCCAUUUCAACAUCCUGAAGCCCUAUGUGAAGGUUUUCAACGACAGCACCAACAUCAUGCACGCCAAGUGGCAGCACUUGAUCUCUGAAGGUAACACCCGUCUGGACAUGUUUGAGCAUGUCAGCCUUAUGACUCUGGACAGUCUGCAGAAAUGUGUCUUCAGCGUUAACAGCAACUGUCAGGAGAAGUCCAGUGAAUAUAUUGCUGCCAUCUUGGAGCUCAGUGCUCUAGUGGCCAAAAGGCAACAGCAGCCUCUGCUGUACAUGGACCUGCUGUAUCAUCUCACCCCUGAUGGGAUGCGCUUCCGUAAGGCCUGCAGCUUGGUGCAUAAAUUCACCGAUGCCGUCAUCCAGGAGCGGCGUCACACCCUCCCAGAUCAAGGUUUGGAUGACUUCCUUAAGACCAAGGCUGAGUCCAAGACUUUGGAUUUCAUUGAUGUGUUGCUGCUGAUCAAGGAUGAAGACGGAAAGGAGUUGUCAGAUGAGGACAUCAGAGCAGAGGCUGACACCUUCAUGUUUGAGGGCCAUGACACCACAGCCAGUGGGCUCUCCUGGAUCCUGUACAACCUGGCGAGGCACCCGGAAUACCAGGAGCGCUGCCGGCAGGAGGUGCGGGAGCUGCUGAGGGACCGAGAGCCUCAGGAGAUUGAGUGGGACGACCUCAACCAGCUGCCCUUCCUGACCAUGUGCAUCAAGGAGAGUCUGCGGCUGCAUCCCCCGGUCCCUGUCAUCUCCCGCUGCUGCACCCAGGACACUGGGCUCCCAGAUGGCCGGGUCAUCCCUAAAGGUGUCAUCUGCCUCAUCAGCAUCUUUGGGAUCCAUCACAACCCAUCUGUGUGGCCGGACCCUGAGGUCUAUGAUCCCUUCCGCUUUGACCCCGAAAAAGUCAAAGAUAGGUCACCUCUGGCAUUUAUUCCUUUCUCAGCAGGACCCAGGAACUGCAUAGGACAGACUUUCUCCAUGAACGAGAUGAAGGUGGUCCUGGCACUGACACUGCUGCGUUUCCGGGUCCUGCCCGAUGACAAGGAGCCCCACCGGAAGCCAGAGCUGAUCCUGCGUGCUGAGGGCGGGCUGUGGCUGCGGGUGGAACCGCUGAGCACGGGCACGAAGUGACUCCACACCUGGCCUGGGACCAUCCUACUCACCCAGCUACCUCUUUGGAUCCCAGGAUAAACAGAGCUCUCACCCAUACCUGAGCCUUACAGAAUGCCAUCAGGGGACAUUGCAUGGGCAAAGGAGACCGGCUGGUGUUUGAGCCAAAGACUCUUGACUUCCUCUAAUUGACCAAAGGUCUUUCCAGUGAAGGUGCAGUCUCCAGCCAAGCUGGACUAUUCUCUGGACGCAGGAAGCCAAGGGGAGGUGUCUGUGCAAGAGGAAGGGUCCAGGAAGAAGGACAAGUUUGAGCUCUGAUUCUCGCAGCGAAUCCUUUAUUUCGGCUUCAUUGCCACUACUUUGGCCUCUGUUCUAACCAUUUGUAGACCUGUCUUCUCUCACCUCGCAAUUAUUUUUUUGGGGAGGGACACUAAAUUACUGUGCUUAUUAAACCUAAACCUAAA